UGUAGGAAGAAGAUUGCUUAAUACUCUAGAAAUAGAGAAGUGAAAGUGCUUUACGAUCUUUUCCGCAUAGUCCACCUGACCACCUCUCCUUUUUUUGAUGCUCUAUUGAUCCAAUUAAUUUAUCGUGAAAAGCGAUGCUACUCAUAAGCGAACCGCAAACGCUCGGUGGACGGAAAACGAUAGCAAAAUGGCGAUAUAUGCAUUUAACAUGGUUUCAGUUAUUCUGUGGUGGCAUUGGUGGAUUUUUUGUCUUUGUUCCGCUGUUAAUGAUAAUAAUGAUAGCAUCACAAUUCAGCCUGAUAUCCCAAAGGAAAAUAACUUCGCUAUUCUCGGGAAUCUAACAGUGGACAAUGUCGUGGCUGCGGCAUCAGCUCUCGUAAAUAACAGAACUGCGCGAAUUUAUUACGGAGACGGCGUCUACGGUGACCGGCACGAUACCUACACCGGAAAUAAUGGAUGGGGCUCCAAACGCGAUUACUCUGAUUCCUAUAGCCACGAAGAUAAUGAUUAUUCAUCAAGGUCAUACCACUCAUACGGGCCACGAAGGGAAUUUUUCGAUGAAAAAGAUGAUUCUGGCUAUUCUCCCAACUACCGACCGUAUCCGAGUACAGCAGGAUAUUACAACGAUAAUCCUUAUGCGAUGACCUACAACGGAUAUCAGGGCUGGAAUAACUAUGGCCGGUACGGUCCGGCCUACGGUGGUGGAGGGUAUGGGGCUGGCGCGUAUGGCGGUGGGUACUACCAGCGUCCUGGCUACGGGGGAUAUUAUGGCUCACGACCCUUCUAUCCGCCUCCACCACCGUUCCUUGGAUAUGGGUUUGCACCCUAUGGGGGCUCUGAUAACAAUCUACUGCUUCUGUUGCUGCUCCUAAGAAGACGGGAAGAAUUGCACAGAAUACGGGAGAGAGAACAAAUACUUAACAACAACAACGACAACAACGGCGGUUUUCCAUUACAGCGUCUGUUUCCUCUGCUGUUACCACUACUGGGGAAUUUGUUCGGAUGAUAACUAUGAACGAGGAUGGCCAUAUUCAAUAUAUUGGGAGUUUAUUCCUGAUAUGCAUUAUUUGACCACUUCCGGAACACUAUGGCUAC